ACCAAUGUAGUUUUUGGACUUGAUAGUAAAAUUGCGAAAUUCCCGUCGUGUCGUCCCCUUCAAAUUCUCCCUCCCUCCCUCGAUUUACUGAAUCUCUCCGGCCUCCAUUCAAAUUCCCUGUUAGAUUUUCCGAAACCCUAAAUUUCAUGGGAGAAUCUCGUCGAUUCUCUGUUCAUCUCGCUCUGGGCGGUGGUGCAGUUUCCGAUGUGCUAUUGUGGAAAAAAUGGCGCCGGAGCGUCGCUUUUCUGGUUGCUUCAACCGCCCUCUGGUUCCUGUUCGAGAUUGCUGGAUACAAUUUACUGUCCUUUGUAUCGAAUGUUUUGUUGCUGCUCGUUGUAAUCUUGUUUGUUUGGGCUAAAUCUGCAUCACUUCUCAAUAGACCUCUGCCGCCACUACCUAAUCUUGAAGUUUCUGAAGAGGCUGUUGUGAAGGCGGCUGACGAGAUACGAGUUUCAAUAAACUAUGCUUUGUCAAUUGCACACGACAUUGCAAUUGGUGGAAAUUUGAUCAUCUUUUUUCAGGUUGCUAUUGGCUUGUGGGUUAUUUCAUACAUCGGCAGCUUCUUCAACUUUCUUACGCUGGUCUACAUUGGUGUUCUUCUUAGUUUAACACUGCCUGCGUUGUAUGAAAAGUACCAAAAUCCAAUCGAUGAAAAGCUGAGCGCCGCAUAUAAAAUAGCUCACGCACAAUACCAGAUAAUUGAUGAUAAGGUACUUCGAAAGCUUCCGUUUCCUUCAAACAAGGCGAAGAAGACUCAAUAGACUCAUGACUAGUGGUACGUUUGCAGGGUGUGUUGGUCGAGGUAUUGGCUUCCGGGAAAUCGUUAAUGCGUUGUGCUCUUUUUUUCUUUUCGUUUUUUGGUGGUAAUAUCGGCAAUUUUUAAGCCAUGUAUGUACCUCUCUUCACAGUCUUGUCCCACUGAAUAUAACAAUCACACCGCCAUUGUAAUCUCAGUUUUUGGUUGUGCUGAUUUUGGAUUGUUAACUUUGGUUUUUGCUAACUUUGGUUUUGUGCUAAUUCUCUCUAGUAUAAUGUAACAUCAGUUAAUGAGUAACAAAUUUGUUUUCAUUUAUCUCCA